AUGCUACAGGUGAAUGAAGCCGAUGACAAGGUAGCACUCACCGCCUUCAUGAAAGGACUGCAUACAUCUAGAUUCCUUUUUCCCUUGUUAAAGGAACCUCUAACCAGUAUGGCAGAAUUACUAGUUAGAACUAGGAAAAACAUGAAUGCAGAGGAUGCGAUGAGUGCGCGAAAGGGGAAAGAAAGAGAAGAUAGGAAGGCAGAUAAAAAGAGAUCACAGCCUGGUGCCAAAGACGAGAAGGAGACCAAAUUCAAAAAGUCUUCAAUCAAUCAAAGUGAGAGGACAUCUCGUUGUAGGAGCUCAGAUAAGUACACAAACUACACCUCGCUCACUAUGUCUAUAGAUCAGGUUUUAAUGCAGAUUCAGGAUGAUCCCUCUCUAAAGUGGCUAUCGAAGCUGAAAUCCGAUCCCUCAAGAAGGCCUCGGGACAAAUAUUGCAGGUUCCACAGAGAUCAUGGGCAUACCACGGAGGAUUAUAUUGACCUAAAAAAUCAGAUUAAGAAUUUGACUCGAAGGGGUCACCUGCGAAGGUUCAUGGUAGGAGAUGAUAGACGAGGUACUAAUCUCGCACAAGGAAGGUGGAACAAUCAUCUUCCAGAACAACAACCAGUAGGUGAGAUCAGAGUCAUAUCCGUAGGGUAUGCAGGAAGAGGUGAAAUAGCCGCGACCCGAAAAACAUACGCAAGAAGAGCAAGAGCAAAGGUGAAUGAGGUAGGAAUGUUCAACCUUCCGUCAGAAACACUCAGGUAUGGUGACACUACAAUUAUAUUUUCAGAGGCCGAUGCCAAAGGGAUCCAGCAACCCCACGAUAAUCCUCUGGUUGUCUCCAUGGUCAUAGCUAACUAUACCAUAAGGUGUAUACUUAUUGACAAUGGGAGUUCCACUAAUAUAAUAUUUUCUUAUGUAUUCAACCAAAUGAUGAUGGCCGAGAAAGGUUACAACCCAUGA